CUUUUCUUCUCUCAAACGCUCUCUACCAAUUUCAAUUCACCGAGCCCUCGCUCCGUCAAACUUCAAGAUGAACCUCCGCUCGCUCCUGCUCUACACCUCGCUCUUCGGGGGCAUCAUGGCAACCAAAUUCACCAUUACUGCCGAGGACCUAAAGAACUCGGAAGGUGUCACUGAUGCCUCCCAGUUGCCGGAAAACGUGCACAAUUCCCUUAAGACCCAUGGCCCCUGCUGGAUUGGCGAUGACUGUGCUCGACGUGGCUGCUGCUUGCGGGGUGGUCGCCUCCCCGUCGGAAUCUGCCAAUGCUAAAUGCCUUGAUUAUUUCGUUUUCUUCCCGGGCGACGCCCCGUUUUGGACGAGCGUUAGCGCGAAGACUUGGUAUUAGUAUAGGUUUUUGGGUCUCUGAUAGACGAGGUUUUCCCCUGUACCGUAGUGCGAAUGCAAAUACCAC